AUUGUCUCUGACUGUCCAAGCUACAGCAUGCAUGCUCAAUAUUGCUCCUUCAGUUGUGUGCCGGAACCUGCGAGCUUUACGAGUCCUUAAGCUGCAGCCCAUUGACAACAAUGCUGACUUUUAGUUAACAUCAGUGACUCGAACGUGAACUGUGACUGAUUUUAUGAACUGAACUGAAUAUGUGUUGAAAAAAAUCGGGAAAAAAUUCAGAUUUGGACAGUUUUGCCAUGGUGGUAUUUGGAACAGUGAUGUUUGUCUUUCAGUUAAAAAUUUUCUACGUUGUAUCUGGGUUUAUAAGUUAUCCAUCAAGAAUAUGAUAGUGUUCUAAGGCAUCAUUUCCACUUUUUGAUAAUGGAUGAAGUCAACGACGAUCCUUCAGUCCAGUUUCUGGAGUCUACAAGAUUCUGGAUUCAAAGGGUGCUUGUGCCUCUCAUGGUCUGCAUCGGGGUUGGUGGAAACGCCGUCACUGUUAUAGUGCUGACGAGGAAACGUAUGAGGUGUUCGACGAAUAUUUACCUAACUGCUCUGGCGGUGGCAGACAUCGUUUAUCUCUUGUUCGUCUUCUUCCUCUCCUUCGCGGUCUACAAGAACAUCCACGACAGGAAGUACGAACUAUAUUGGAGAUUUUAUGGCUUAACGCACUGGCUCUGCGACUCUGCAAGCAGCGCAUCUGUGUGGCUGACAGUAUCUUUCACUUUGGAAAGGUACAUAGCGGUUUGCCAUCCAAUAAAAGGUAAAGUGCUCUGCACCGAGAAUAGAGCAAAAGUGAUAAUAACAGGAAUCACAAUUUUCUGCAUACUUACCACACUUUCAACCACCUUCGAGUACGCACUCCAGAUAAACGAAAGUUGCUCGCGUAACUGCACUCCCGAAGAGCUCAAGGCGAGACAACAAACAGUUGGUAAAUGUCCCCAAAACGUAACCUUCCAUCAUCUACCAAAUCAUAGCAUAGUAGUGACAAACCUUCAAAGUAGUGAAACCGACGAGUCUAGUGAAAACUUAGUGAAAGAGAUCUACACUAACUUAGAGCCGACCAUCAACAAACUACUUCCUGUAAAUUGCACAUCUCAUCCGCACAUCAUCUAUGUUCCUGUAUAUCCUUCGAUGUUUAACGAAACCACUGUCAAAAAGUUUAAUACUAAUCUUAUAGAAGGGCAAGUUAACACAAACAGUGAACCGUCAAAGGAUCACACUGAACACUCGAUUAAAGGAACUAAUCAUAAUGAAACUUUUACCGCUACUGGUAAAUUUGUAGUAACUACAAAUGACACUUUCGACAAUGACACCUGUUGUUUGAAGAAAUUCACCGUUGAUACCGAGCCGACUAAUUUGGGCAAGAACAAAGCAUACAUAACCUUCAUGUCCUGGUUCUCUGCCUUGGUAUUUGCACUCAUACCGCUGAUACUCAUUGCCACCUUCAACUGUUUUCUGGUCCACGCUGUGUACAAGUCUCAACACAGAAGAAGGAAAAUGACAAAUUCUCAGGAAACCGUUUCGAUGUCCAACGAAAACCGCAUAACGGUGAUGUUAAUUGGCGUGGUGUUUCUAUUUUUAAUCUGCCAAACGCCGACUGCUUCCUUCCUCAUCUACAGCAAUUUCCACGAAUCGCAAGAUCAAACCACAGAAAACAUCCAUCGCGAUUCUUUUUCAGCUCUCGGCAACAUAUUCAAUUUUCUCGUAACAGUAAAUGCAGCUACAAAUUUCAUAAUGUAUUGCAUUCUGUCGAAAAAAUACAGAACGACGUUCAAGGCGUUGUUCUGUGGUCGUAGAAAAAACAGACAAGAUACGUUAAUAUUGUCGUCGACUAGAACAAGAUACAGUUCGGUCAAUAAUGGUAUAAGAAGGAACGCCUCCGAAUAUCACACUCCAAGAAAUUUGGAGACGCAAAGUUUGACGAGCAUUCCUCGAUCCAAAUCCCUUAUGACCAGACCCCCUGGCAAAGCAAAAUCCAGCGACAUCAAUCUUUAAACUAUAUUAGUUUACUUUUUCACUAUCAUGUAUAAUACAUGUGCUUACCGAUUUGUAAAUAAAACACUAAUUUUGUUUAAUAAAAGAUAUUUAUCAA